AUGUCGGACGAAAAAACAGAAGAUUUUACAACAAAAGGCAUUCAUACUAUUACUAGCACUUCUAAUAUAUCUUCAGAAGGACAUCAAAAAGAUGGGCAAUUUUUUCGGUCUGUAGCUGAACGUUAUACUAAAGUGGAUCCAUCUUCCUAUUUACGACAGGAGAAUGAAUCAAGUUCAAAAUAUUGGUUUCGUCGUCUUGGUCAGAUUAAACCUGUUGAAUUACUAUGGGGGGAUGCUGAAAAUUCUGAAUUACGACGUGUUUUAUCAGCUUUUCAACUUGUCUUUGUGGGUAUUGGCGCUAUUAUUGGUACUGGUAUUUUUGUACUUUCAGGUUUAGCCGCUGCUAAAAAUGCAGGACCUGCCGUUACUAUUUCUUUUUUGAUUGCUGCUGUAGCUGCUGCUUUUGCUGCACUGAGUUAUUCUGAAAUGGCUUCUAUGAUCCCUGUUGCUGGCUCUGCUUAUACAUAUGCUUAUGCUACAAUGGGUGAAUUUGUUGCUUGGAUUAUUGGUUGGGAUUUGAUUCUUGAAUACAUGGUAGGCGCUGCCACAGUAGGUGUAGGCUGGUCAGGUUACUUUGUAGAAUUUUUUGAAAUAGCUUCUAAUGGUAAAAUUAUUUUUGGUGAAAAUUGGACAAAGCCUACACUUGGAUGGACAGAAAACCCUGCUUCUAUUUAUCGUACUGAAGGUCAUUACUUUAAUGUUCCCGGCUUUGUUAUUAUUAUGCUUGUCACUAUUAUUUUAUGUAUGGGUAUUCGUCAAUCUGCUAUAUUUAAUACAGUUGUUGUAACAAUUAAGCUCGUUGUUAUUCUUUUGUUUAUCUUUGCUCUUUGUGGUUUUAUGUACAAACCUAAUUAUGAUCCUUAUAUUCCUCCCAAUACAUCGGGUGAUUGGCAUUUUUUCGGUGGCCCAGGCAUUGUUGCUGCUGCUACUACUGUUUUCUUUAGUUAUAUCGGUUUUGAUGCUGUUACUACUGCCGCUCUUGAAGCUAAAAAUCCUCAACGUGAUCUUCCAAUUGGUAUUAUUGGUAGUUUAUCUGUCAGUACUAUUCUUUACAUUGCAUUCUGUACUAUCAUGACAGGAGCAGCUAAAUAUACCGAACUUAAUGUGCCUACACCUGUUUUAGUGGCUGUGAAGGCUGUUAUGGAUCGUACAGGAAAAGAUUUCCGAUGGCUUAAUAUCCUUGUUGCCCUCGGUGCCAUCUGUGGUUUAACAUCCGUCUUGUUGAUCAACUUACUUGCUCAAUCCCGUGUGCUUUACUCAAUGGCUCAAGAUGGUCUCCUACCUUCUGUAUUUGCCAAGGUUCAUCCCAAGUUUAAGACCCCCUGGGUGACAACGCUGACGGUAGGGUUCAUCACCGCCGUUCUUUCUGCUAUCCUCCCUGUUGAUUUAUUAGGAAACAUGACAUCCGUGGGUACCCUCUUGGCCUUCUUUGUCGUUCAUGCCGGUGUCAUCGUCAUGAGAUUCACUCGUCCUGAGGUCGAAAGACGUUUCAAGAUCCCUGGUGGUAAAUACCUCUCCCUGGUUUUCCCAACUCUAGGUAUGGCCGUCUCAGUAGCGUUGAUUGCUGUAGCUGAGGUCACUACCAUCUGGCGUUUAUUUGUCUGGAUGGCAAUUGGUUGGGUCAUUUACUUUGCUUAUAGUAUUCGUCACUCUCAAUUCAAUCGAGAUCCUGUGGGUCGAUUUGCAAUGGCUCAUAAACAACUUCCUGCUCAUGUUGAACAUGAUGAAAAUGGCUAUCAAGUGCAACAAUUUGAGUACAUUCCAGAUGCUACCAGAAAUGAUCCAGCUGCUCAAAAUGCUUAA